GCUGUUGUCGAGUUGCAGCAGCUGCCGACAGAUGUCGCUGCUUCCCCUAGCAGAUCCCGGUCCCCUGUAGCUGGCCCUGUGUCCAUGUCCCCGGCUUUUGGUAGUGAUGGCGGCCUCCCUGGCUGCGACGGCACCCGGGGUCCCGGCCGAGGAUUCAUCGGAUAGUGAGCCGGAGCCCGAGCCACAGAAACUGCGCCGGAAAGUGUCUACAUCUGGCCAGAUCAGGAGGAAGGCUAUUGUGAAAGAAGGUCACCUACAAAAGCAGACAAGUUCCUUUCAGCGAUGGAGGAGACGUUACUUCAAAUUGCGAGGCCGAACUCUCUACUAUGCCAAGACUGCAAAGUCAAUCAUAUUUGAGGAGAUUGACAUAACAGAUGCCAGUGUUGCAGAGUCAAGUACCAAAAAUCUCAACAACAGUUUCACAGUAUUCACUCCCUUUCGCAAACUCAUCCUGAGCGCAGACAACAGAAAAGACAUGGAGGAAUGGAUGGCGGCGCUGAAGUCUGUACAGAACCGUGAACUCUUUGAGUCAGCCCAGUACAGUAUGGACCAUUUCUCUGGAAUGCACAACUGGUACGCGUGUUCCCAUGCCCGACCCACGUAUUGCAACGUCUGUCGUGAAGCCCUCUCUGGCGUCACGUCUCAUGGACUUUCCUGUGAAGUCUGCAAGUUUAAGUCUCACCGACGCUGUGCAGUGAGGGCCACAAAUAACUGUAAAUGGACCACCUUGGCUUCCAUUGGAAAGGACAUAAUUGAGGAUGAGGAUGGGGUGUCAAUGCCACACCAGUGGCUGGAGGGUAAUUUACCUGUUAGUGCAAAAUGCACUGUAUGUGAGAAGACGUGUGGCAGUGUGCUCCGUCUACAAGACUGGCAAUGCCUAUGGUGCAAAGCAGCGGUACACUCCUCUUGUAAAGAACUUUUGCCAAAAAAGUGUCCGCUUGGACAGUGCAAAGUGUCAGUAAUUCCACCAACGGCCCUCAACAGCAUUGACUCGGAUGGGUUCUGGAAGGCCACGUGCCCACCCUCCUGCACUAGCCCUCUGCUUGUUUUUGUUAAUUCAAAGAGUGGAGAUAACCAAGGAGUCAAAUUCCUGCGACGUUUCAAGCAGCUUCUUAACCCAGCGCAAGUAUUUGACCUGAUGAAUGGAGGACCUCAUCUGGGUUUACGCUUGUUUCAAAAGUUUGACACCUUCAGAAUAUUGGUGUGUGGCGGUGAUGGUAGUGUGGGCUGGGUCUUGUCUGAAAUCGAUACCCUUAAUCUACAUAAACAGUGUCAACUAGGAGUGUUGCCCUUGGGCACUGGAAAUGACCUGGCUCGUGUCCUUGGCUGGGGAUCUGCAUGCGACGAUGACACUCAGCUCCCCCAGAUUCUGGAAAAACUUGAGAGAGCUGGCACUAAAAUGCUGGAUAGGUGGAGCAUCAUGGUGUAUGAGACAAAACUUCCAGCUCAGUCCCCAGAUCCUUGUACAUCCACAGAGCCAAGUGACGACUGUGAGGUUCAGCAAAUCUUGGGCUAUGAAGACUCUGUAGCUGCUCAUUUAUCGCAGAUUCUCAGCUCAGAUCAGCACUCCGUGGUUAUUUCGUCAGCCAAAGUCCUCUGUGAAACGGUCAAAGAUUUUGUUGCACGUGUUGGGAAAGCCUAUGAGAGAAUGACUGAGAGUUGUGAAGAAUCUGAGACCAUGGCAGGAAAGUGUAAUCUUCUGAGGGAAAAGCUAGACUCUCUCCUAAACACCUUAAAUGAAGAGUCUCAGGCUACAUCCGUACUUUCUCAGCCCCCACCUACUAUUAGUGAGGAGGGAGAGGAGUCCUCUGAAUCCCUGGCAUGUCCGGCCGCAGUCUCUCCUUCCCCUUCUCCUGGUCGACAGCAGAGUUUUAGACCUCGGGAGCAGCUUAUGCUGAGGGCCAACAGCCUUAAGAAGGCCAUCAGACAAAUAAUAGAGCAGGCAGAGAAAGCUGUUGAUGAACAGAACGCACAGACCCCAAGUAGUGAAGAUUUUCUAAUUCCUUUUACUACUGAGGAUGGCAAGGAACACAUCAUUACAAAUAGUGGGAAUGCAUUGCCAAGGAUAAGAGGAUCCAAUAGAGGUUCCAAGUCAGAAAAAGUUUCCAGUAAAGCUAGUCUGUCGGCAGGAGGCACUGCCUCGCUUCCUAAUGCCAAUUCUCAAGGGGACCACAUGUACACAAGCAUUAGACCGGGAAUGACCGCAUCUUUACCAGUGAACUCUGUCAUGAACCGCCUCUUUAUUAAUGCCGAUUCUUUUAGCUCUGAACCUGAUAACUUGGAUUGUUACACAGAAAAAUGUGUGAUGAACAAUUACUUUGGGAUUGGGCUGGAUGCUAAAAUCUCCCUGGAUUUUAACAAUAAGAGGGAUGAGCACCCGAAGAAGUGUAGAAGUCGCACAAAGAAUAUGAUGUGGUAUGGUGUGCUAGGCACCAAAGAGCUUCUACAGAGAACGUACAAGAACCUGGAGCAGAGAGUUCUUUUAGAGUGUGAUGGGGUGCCUAUUCCCCUGCCCAGCUUGCAAGGAAUCGCUGUCUUGAACAUUCCAAGUUACGCUGGAGGCACUAACUUCUGGGGAGGCAACAAGGAAGAUGAUACAUUUGCUGCUCCCUCUUUUGAUGACAAAAUCCUGGAGGUUGUUGCUGUGUUUGGUAGUAUGCAGAUGGCUGUGUCCAGAGUUAUCAAACUGCAGCACCAUCGGAUUGCACAGUGUCGGACAGUAAAGAUCACAGUGCUCGGAGAUGAAGGCAUUCCUGUGCAAGUGGAUGGAGAGGCUUGGGUCCAGCCACCAGGUUAUAUCCGAAUAGUGCAUAAGAACAGAACACAGACACUCACCAGAGACAGGGCCUUUGAAAGUACAUUGAAAUCGUGGGAAGAUAAGCAGAAAUGUGAACUUUCCAGGCAGACUUCUACUGCUCUGUCUCCAACUUCUUUACACCCUGAAGCUCUGUCUGAAGAGGAGGCAGCCCAGGUCUCACAGUUUGGCCAGGCUGCUGGUGCCCUAAUUCACAGCAUUAAAGAAAUAGCAGUUUCUCAUGAAAGUAUGGAGCAGGAACUGGCCCAUGCUGUAAAUGCUAGCUUGAAGUCCAUGGAAAAAGUCUACAGCAAGAAUUCUGAGGGUCUAAGCUGCACUUAUGUAAUGGAAAUGGUAACUAAUGUUCGAGUUUUACUGAAUGAGACGGAGCUCCUGCUAACCGGAAAGAUGGCUUUGCUUUUGGAUCCUCCUCAGAAAGAACAGCUGAUUACCUCCCUCAGUAGCACAGAGCUGGAGCUGCGGACACUUGCGGACAUCCCAUGGCUGUGCCAGAACAAUGAGCCUGGAGAAGAAGGGGCUCUGGAUUACUCCAAAUUAAGACGUAGCAGUCGGUUUAGACUGGUAAACAAGUUCAAGAAGGAAAAAAACACUAAGAACAAGGAGGCCCGGAGCAGCAUGGGACCACCCGCUCACCUUUGGGGGACGGAGGAGGUGUCUCUUUGGUUGGAGCGUCUCAGUCUGUCUGAGUACAAGGAGGUCUUUACUCGCCAUGACAUCCGAGGCUGUGAGCUCCUACAACUGGAGCGCCGAGACCUCAAGGAGUUGGGAGUGACAAAAGUGGGCCACAUGAAGAGAAUCCUCCAUGCCAUCCGAGAGCUGAACCCCCCUCCUGUCAGUGCGGACUAGGAUCUGUCUUUACUGCGUGUGUGGCCCAGUCUGGGUGACUCCUUGAUCACCAGUAUUGCUCCAUUGAAGCACAAGUCUGCGUUAUUGUUACUGUAGCACAGUGCUCUGUAACAGCAGCUAAUGUCAGAAGUCUUCUGAGCUUUAUGGCCGCCUAUGAUCCAUGGCCAUUGUCAUCCCUAUCACACCAGUCAGUCAUAAAUGAGCCCUGGGAAUUACUGCUGCCAGUCAUAGACAUCCACAUCUUGAAAGAGCCAAGGGCUUUAGUAUUUUGUCUUACGGGAUACUUUUGAAGCCAGAUAUUUUUCUAGAUGCUGCAAAAGCCAAUUGUGACUGUGGUAGUCCUUCUCAUUGAUGUGCUACCUCGUGUGGAAUGGGACAGGCCCAGUUAAUAUGUUCAUCCAGCUCACCCUUUGUCCUUUGCCUAAAGACUUGUGGCUCUACCUGUUCUGUGCACAGUUAUUGAACAGAUGACUGUGGAGUUUUGUACUUUGUGUUAAUAUGAAUGCUUUUUUUCCCCUCAGGCUCGGCUUGUAAAUUUUUAGAUGUGUAUAAAGUAUUCUUGAUGUAGCGUAGGCCUGUUCUAAUCGCAGUUUUAUUAGACUGUUUGUAAAAUCCAGCUGUGAGGUGAGGCCAUUGCAUCUUCCCACUCUGGUCUAGGAUCAAACAAUUGUUUACAUUUCUAUAGGUACAUAUAUAAAGCAAGGAGCAGCCUCUGCCCUGUAAUGUGCUUCCCCUGGGGAGCACAAGAAGCUACUCUUAGUGUGAGAUACAUUGAAGUACUGUUUCCUGAAGAUGUAUUUGGGAAGAUGUGUGUGGGUUGAGAUGCAUUGAAUGUCUGUUUCCUGAAGACGUGUUUGGGUUGUGAUUUGAGUUGUCCAUAUCUAUUCCUCCAUCUGUUCAACCUCUUACAAUUCCUACUCCUGGGCAGGUUCCCUGUUUCUCGUAGUAUCUAUAAGGGACAAAUGAAAGCCUUGGACCCCUCAGACAAAGCCUGGCUGUCCCACCCCAUGCGUAUUUAUUGUCCCGUGCCUUAUUGCAGUCCCAGCUUCUUUUCCAAAGUGAUGUUAAUGCAUGUACAUAGCAGUGUUGUAAAAAAAAUGCUUGGUUCUAACAGUAAAAUAUCUCUUAAUGAUAA